GUGGGCUCGUGGGUGUGUAGACACGCUUGAUGAUCUUGUUCUGCAACAACAACCUCCGGCGCUGCACUGCGUAACAUCUUUACCAACCAACAACAUGGGAAUCUCCAAGAAUUCCAUACUGGAUCUGGUCGCUACCUGAUCGGCGCUCCUCACCCCCUACUCACCAUGCUCGCAUUGCUGUCGAUCCUUGGUCUGCAGUUUCAUCAUGAAUACCCGUCCCAUCAUCGAUGAGUCGGCUGGGCCGAUUGCGCUCUCAGCCUCGUUCAACAGCGAUGCCAGCUGUUUCGCCAUCGGCCUCGACACGGGCUUCUGUGUGUUGAUGUUCUCUCCAGUGUUCAAUUCGGAUCCCUGCGAACUUAAGGCUUCCAGAGACUUAAAUGCCGGAAUUGGUACAGCUGAAAUGCUCGGGCGAUAUAACUAUCUGGCCUUGGUUGGAGGCGGGAAGAAUCCUCGAUGGCCUCAGACAAAAGUUAUGAUAUGGGACGACGCUAAACAGAAAGUCGCCAUUACACUCGAGCAAAAGACCGCUGUGCUACGCGUCUGCCUGACCAAGUCGUGGAUCGCCAUUGCCAUCCAGAACAGCAUCAACCUGUACAAGUUCUCCUCGCCUCCCGAAAGAACUGCCAUUUUUGAAACGGCAGAUAACCCGCUAGGUUUGUGCUGUCUAGGCUCUAGGAUCGUUGCUUUUCCGGGACGGUCGCCAGGGAAAGUCCAGCUUGUGGAGCUGGGGUCGGGCAAUGUGAGCAUCAUCCCAGCGCACACGUCUGCCCUGCGAGCAAUGGACCUCAGCAGAGACGGUCAACUGUUGGCUACUGCAAGUGAGACAGGCACACUGAUUCGUGUCUUCUCGACCGCAAACUGUACCAAGAUCGCGGAACUGCGUCGUGGGGUGGAUCCAGCCUAUAUCUUCAGUAUCGCCAUCUCCCCUGAUUGCAGUAUGCUCGCCGUUACCUCGGACAAGUCGACCUUACACGUCUUUGAUCUGCCGCCAAACUCCUCUUCACAGUCACAACCGACCAGCCCACUCAGCCCUUCUUCCCAACAACGUCGCUCCCAAUCACCACACAUCCCCACCAUGACUGAAGAAGAGCCAUCGACAAAUCAAAAAUGGGGCUUCCUCUCGAAGAUCCCGCUGCUGCCCCGAGUCUUCUCAGACAUCUACUCGUUCGCCUCUGCUCAUUUUGAGAUGGGCGAUGAAACCGUCGGUUUCAAUCAUUCGACACUAUCGUACUUGCCCGCGCUUGGGUCCCUGCCGAACCGGCCACAGAAAGGAAUUCUGGGUUGGAUAGAUCACUCCACGAUUAUUUGUAUUGGAACAGGAAGAGAUGCACGGUGGGAGAGAUUUCGAGUUGGUGAGAGACCUGGAGUGACGGAUGAAGGCCAAAGAAGUGUAUGGAGGGAUGGCUGGAGGAAGUAUUUGGGUAGCUGAGGGUUGGCUACACGCUUGGCCCACAGCAAGACAAUUGAAGACAACGCAGUCAAAUGUCUGCUCUCCGUGCAAAUAGCAGUGUCAGACUACGAAUGCCGCCAUAAUUUCGACGGAAAUCGGACGAAAUGAGACAUACAAGGCAUUCCGCGGAGGAGAUUGCUCCAGCCGCUCAAACCAGGCAAAGGACAGCCAUUCGACUUCGAACAGGGAAGAAUAUGAUGAACCACGAAUCUUAUACUGCGAGAAACGGCUGAAGACCUAUUCAUCAGGCAUUUUCGGCAGACCGGCGUUGGCUUUUGGAUUGCAUUCGGAACAGAUGGUCGCUCCAGUAGGGCGAAUGGGUUUUAUACACGGACUUUUUGGCUGUCAUGUCUUCCUGUCACCUCUUUCCUUUUCUUUUCUCACACGAUGGAUCAAAGGCGAUUUUAUAUGAGAACGUUACCAAACCAGUGCGCGCGGCACGUAUUUCAUGUCAUGUUUUUUUUGGGGCUGGAUUGCAAGAAGGACAAAAAUACCCCCAUGGCAAAGAAAAGAACGAACGACCUCUGAUACAUAGAAAUGAAUGAUCACUGUCCUUGAUGAA